CCGAUGCCAAGGAGGAUGGCCAGUUUAUCCGCCGAGGGUGUCGAAGCAGUCCUUCAUCUGGAGCAAAAGAAAGGACGUUUGUAUCUGAGAGAUUUGUUGGGGUGGAAGGAGUUUGACGAAGUUCGGGAUUUGCGCCGGAGCAUCCUGCUUGACCUGCAGUACCGCAGCCUGGUGUUUGCGGCCGAGAAGGGACUGCCCUGGCCAGCUGUGGCGGAAGUGGGGAAUCUGACUGGGGAGCUCUUGUGGGAGACCAAAGGUUUGUCCGUUUUGCAGGCCAUCCGAAUCCUCCAGGAUAAGCUUUCUGCCCUCCAAGUGACGCUGCUCCCUUCCCACCAGCGGGCCGUGUGCGAUUACUUCCACAACACUUUUGUCAAGCAUUAUUUGUUGUACCAGUUCGUGUUGACGCGAGAGAGAGACCGCCGGCAGACCUUUGCUAGUCUGGAGGUCCACGCUCCCCCUACCCCUCUCCCACUGGUGGAGGGCAUGGAUGUGUCUGUCUGGCAGUACCAGAAGCAGCUGGAGGCCAUUUCUGCGGCUGAAGAAGAAAAACGGGCCAGUUUGCGGCAGUUCCGAGAAACCCUGCAGGUAGAGAGAGAAAAUCUACUGCGAGCAGUGUACAGAAACGUCAGAAGGCAAGCAGAAGGCCUGAGCAAAGAGACUCUCAUUUCCCUGGUCAAAGAAGCCAUUAAGACCCAGAUCCAGAACCUCCAUGAUAUUAUCCAGCACGAGAUCCAGACCACCUUUGAAAUCCUGCAGCUGAAGCUCCAGAGGAAGGCUUUGAUGCUCAACCCGCCCGUCCCUUACCCACCACCGCCCAGUCCUGUCGACCAAGGGGGGAAAGGGAGCAAAAAUGCGAAGAAGCUGAAGCAGAAAUCUUCCGAAAAUAAGCAGCAGGGGGGAGAGAAAGAGAAGGAAGAGAAGAAGAAGAAGAAAAAGAAGGAGAAAUGAAGUUUGCCUCAUGAUUCAUUGGGGCAUCCCUUCUAAGAAAUAGAGAGUUUAGAAAAGGUGGUUGCUGGUUUUGGGGUCGUUCCUUCCCCCCCCCCAUUGAUACUUCACUUCCCAGAAUCCUUUGGUCCA